AUGUGGUGGCACCUCUCAGACGCUGGCUUUCUCGUCGCGUCAGCCAAUGCGGCUUCUCCCAUCAUCAUCAUCAUCAUCAUCAUCAUCAUCAUCAUCAUCAUCAUCAUCAUCAUCAUCAUCAUCAUCAUCAUCAUCAUCAUCAUCAUCAUCAUCAUCAUCAUCAUCAUCAUCAUCAUCAUCAUCAUCAUCAUCAUCAUCAUCAUCAUCAUCAUCAUCAUCACCACCAUCAUCAUCAUCAUCAUGGUGAGUCAAUCAGCGCAGCACAUCAACGUACUGAUUGUCUCAAUACAAUUGACGUGUUCAAAUCUGAAGAAGGAGAGUCGAGCACCGAAACAAUCCGCUUAUUGUCCUGAGCUUUCAGACUCGUAUAGGAGUCCAUCGUCAAAGGUAGUAGCAGCAACAGAACAAGCGAUCAAAUCUGCCAUGACCGGCUCAAAGUUGUGGUUCAGGGGGUUUCCGACCGUCAACAAAAUUCGGUUCUAUUGGGCACUCCGUGGGACCUCGUCGCUCGCGACAGUCAGAAUUUCUAAGAUUCGCCGGCAGAUCAGCCCGACAGUUUCUAAGCGAUCAGCGGUGCCUCUUGCUUCAAAUUUGGGGUGCCGUUUACAUUGGUAAUGGCCAAUUCGCGAAUUAAGACAUUAUGGAUGAACAGUUAAAAAGGUACUCGAAACGGCGCAAACUUUUGAAAAUAUCACUUUUUUGGUUCGCAAUUUUCAUAUUUUGCAUACGCGCCGUACUCGGUUGGCUACUUCAAACUACUGGCCCACAUUCAUUUCCUCUGUCUGCAGAAUCCUUUUCGAUGUUUUGCCACACAGAAUGUUAACAAGAAUCCCGAACUGUCUUCCCGAUUUCGGGGCUGCAAUAGUUAUUGUCAUGCAGUGAAAUUCCAAGAGGUUUCAGUCACUCCAGGGUGUCGGCUUUCGUACGAGCUUCGUUCCAGCUGCCUGGAAAAACUAAACGCUCUAAAAGUGAAUACUUAAACAGUUUGAACUUCAACCGUUGGUUUUCGGAUAACACGAACUGAUUUUUAGACUAAUUUUGUAGUAAAUGUUGUCUUCUAUAAUCUUUAUUCUCGAGAAAAACGUACUUUGUUGGUUCUAAAAAGUUUCUGAUUAUGAGAUUUUUAAGACCGUGAAAUGUCCGUUCAUGAGUACCAUAUCUGUCCAUUUAAUAACGCUGCUUUUAAAAUAUUCAACAUGGUCUACAUGCAUUGAAAAAUCCUAUGAUCCUUUUCUCACCUCUUAUCUACGGUUUCCUAAAUGAAAAUAAUGCUGCUUAUGGCUUGGAAGCCCAGAAUAAAAGUGUAACGGCAGGUCAGGUCUUAAAGCAUUCAAAAGCUAAAAGUGCUCCUAGAACUGGAAGAUUAUUUUAUAGAGGACAUAAGAUGCCAGCAAAUGGGUAGCAGGAAGAAUAUUCUUGGCCUGCUUUACAUAAUAUAUAUUUGUUUAUAGGGGCAUCGCAGAUCAGUAGGACAAAUGAUUUUACUAAAGAAGUUAUUUUUUUACAGAGUAUCUGGUUGCAGGCGAUUUAAAAGAUACUCGUUCAGAAGCCGGCCGCUUGACGUGACCAGAAUAUCGUGGGAGUGUUUUGCAUGGUGGUAAUAAAUAAUAAAUAUUACAUAAAUUACGUGAGUAAACCCAAAACGUGACGACAGAAGCUGAGAUGAAAAUUUUCAAACAAUCUAAACAUUUGCCUUUUUCUCAUUCGCCCAGAUUCUUACGGUAAUUGUCCUUUUCGGGUGCAGUAAAUGUUCAUUAACUUGAGGAAAAUGAACGCUCUGAAAUAUUCGGACAAAUUCCUACGUCAGUAUCUGUCUUAAGCAUCAUUUGCGCAUCUAAGUAGACUUCCUACUGCGAAGAGAGUAAUUUACCUUCGAGAUUUUAGCCAAUGCUGACAGUAGGAAUCAUAUUGAGAACACAAAAGUUAUAUUUAGAGAACCAGGCGUUAUAUCAAACUAGGAAAUUUAGAUAAACAAAUAUGUCGUUUCGAGCAGAUAAGAGGAGUAACAACGCACAAAGAUAAUCCUUUGUUUUAAUAAACCAAAUUUUUUUUGUCAUUUUGAAAACUUUAUAAGAUGACGUAAGGAGGACUGUCGUCGAGCAGUUAUUUUCAGUUUUGUCAUUCGAGACGUCAUUAAUCGUGUGAUCAAGUUCCUGUAUGUGCGUAAUUUAGAAAUGAAUUGAACAAAGCAUUAAAAGUUUUAACAAGCAAUAAAAUAUUCCUACGGCCACAAUUCUGCGCAUUUUAAAUCGCAACACAGAGCCUAAAGUAUGCAAGGAUAACGUGAGUGGCUGCAAUAGAAACGUUUUCGCAUUUUUUUAUUUUACCUUAUGAACAUAUAAAGUACACGGACACCCGUCAGGGGAAUGCAAUCCCUGAAUGGGUAACUUGUUAAAGAGCGUUUUCCAAUCGGUGGAAAACAUAUUUGUUGCUGAAUUUUGUUGUAGACGUUUAUUUUUUUUUGACGGGGAGGUUUCUUGUUUUUUUGAGUCAUCAAAUGACACCAAAAUGACCAUCUACAAGAAGACGAACGUCCAAACAAUUACCGUUUCCGAUUUAAGCGCACAGGCGAGUUCCAGGAGGCAGUUCUGCGACUGUCUCGGAUGCUGGGUUCGAGUGAGAAUCCGGAACGUCAGGCCAACUAAUUUCUUGUUCCAGUGAUCGCAUCUUUGUCUUCUGAACUUGCUAUUUCGGUAACUACCUUCAAACAGUAUCUCAUUCGGAGGGGUUUAAUAAACACAAAAUGCAAAAUAUGCCUUCCUGGGCAAUCGGUAGAAAACACUGAAAAUCAUGAGGCAUUCUACAAAAUGCCAAGCUCCAUCCAAAAAUCAACAGAGGUACGGCUUGUUCGUCCCUCAGAAAUUAAUCAUUAACGCAGAGUUAAUCAGUCCAUUUGAGAAUUAUAAGCUCAAGUAUGCUGUAUCGUGCUAUUUCGGUGCACGCUACUAGCUAACUGUUGUUAGUUUGUAAAUACUACGAAGCUAUUAGGCAGUGUCUAAUUGGCUUUGGCCAAAAUAAUCAUAUCGAAAUCCAAUUUGAGCCUACAAAUCUCAAAUAGACUGAUUUACACCAACAUAACGAUUCAUUUUAGGGGAAAGUAAAACGCCGCAAGAUCAGAAUUGGAGUACCUAGCAGAAAGCACACAGGGAACGCCGGGGGACCAACUGACGAGCCAGACUCCUCACAGAUAUGAGACGCAGCGGCAAAAUGUCGGCGGAACAAGUGUCUGGGCUUUUAGUUAGCACCUGUGCGGACAAGUGUGGUAAAUCAUGCUAUCUCGACGCAAUACAAAAAAGCGAAGGUGGAAUUUAAUUUCACGUAAACUUUUUCUUGCAUAUAGAAAAUGAUGUGUUUACGGAUAGAAGUGAAUAAAUGUACACAAGGUAGCAGUUCAAAAGACGAAGAGGUAAUCACUGGAACAAGAAAUUUAUUACCCUGACGUUUCGGAUUCUCACUCGAAUCCAUCAUCAGAUACAGUCGCAGAUAAGGGUAAUAGUAGCACAAGGAAUGCAGUAUUCAAAGAACGUGACUGUCGUAGGCCCAUAUGCGCACUGCAAUUAACAGCUCUCGAAAUCACCGCUGGGGUCGUAAUUGAUACGGUGGUGGCUUGCCGUCAGUACGAGUCCGAGUCGAUGAUGGCCGUGAUUUCGUCAUCCAUGCUGGAUGCUGGUGUGACGAUUGCUCGGCAAAUUGGCUCACUGUCACUGGGAUAAUUGCUCACCCCUGCCCUCUCCACUUGACUGAUUCUCCUGCCCAGGGAAAAUCUCAGCUUGGAAUAUGGUACCGGGAGGUCAUUGCGCUUGUUGAUGGAUUGUGGGCCUGAGAACCAUGACUCGAACAGCUCGCGGCUCACGCGGUUGUCACCCCUUGCGACAAUUUUGGCCUCUUGAAAUAUGAAAAUAUUGCCGGGUCCUUUCGAACGAGCGGCCACUUGACAGCUAAAGUCUCCCCUCCUCACUGUUGCUGCGUGCUGGGCAAUUCGCGUAGGGAGUAAUCUCCCACUUUCUCCGACAUAGUUGCUUUGUCCGCAGUUGCUUCAUAUCCGGUAAACGAAUCCAAACGUUUCCUGCUGUGGAAGCGGGUCUUUUGGCCUCAUGAUUUGGAGCCUAAUGGUUGCUUCCGGCCUGUGUGCAACGCCAACCCCAAGUGGAGUGAGAAGGCGACUGACGGCUUCCGAGCCGUUCUUCACGUACGGAAGAGCCCGCCAAAAUUUCGGGGCCGGCUGGAUUUCAUCUCUGGUGUCCUUUUCGUAUACACUGGUUGACAAAGUAGCGAGGGUAGCCAUUGGCUUCCGUUUCACUGCAGUGCGUCUCAACGCGCCGGUAUAGCGCCCUUACGAAACUGCGUUUGUGACUGAUCGGAUGGUUGCUGUUGAAGUUCAGUAUUUGCGCCGUAUUUAUCGCUUUCCUAAACACUUCGGUUUUUAGACCACCAAAGUCUUUGCGGCAGACGAGGACAUCCAGGAAGACCAGCUGAUUGUUUUCCUCCUCCUCCAUCGUAAAUUGCAUGUCCGGGAAGACGGCGUUGACAUGUUCUAUGAAUGUCCUCACCGCUCCCGUUCGAUGACGACGAAGGUGUCAUCCACAUACCGAGCCCAGAAUUUUGAUCUGUGGUGUCGGAAAACCAGCGACUCCAGCCGUUGUAGGACCACCUCGGCUAGGAGUCCCGAAAUCGGCAAACCCAUUGGCGUUCCCUUCACCUGCUCGUAG